GCGAGUUCCUCAAAUGUCUUCCUGCGCUGUUUCCAGGACGGUCCGCUGCUCUGAGUCAUGUGCAAGUGGGAAGUCGCGCUGACACCGAGCGGGGCCGGAGCCGGCCGGGCCGAGCGCGGCGCGGAGCCGAGGGCCUCGCAGUGAGCGCUCGGAGCGGAGCCAGUGCGGCUCUGCUGGCCGCCCUGCUCGCCGCGCCGGGGGAGGCGUGGGUUUGCUCCGCGCCGGACCUGCCAAGAGGUGUGCUGACCAGCCUGCCGGGAGCCAGUGUCUCCCUGCACUGCCCUGUGAAGGACCAGAGAGACAAUGCCAGCGUCUACUGGGUGGUCACCAACGCACACCAGAGGUGGGCCAGCGUGGGGCAGAGGCUGCUGCUGAGUUCGGUGCAGCUCAGUGAUUCCGGCAACUACUCGUGCUACGUGAACGGGCACCGGGCCGGGUUGAUGCGUCUGCUGGUAGAAGCUCCUCCGGAGGAGCCAAAAUUCUCCUGCUGGCGGAAGAGCCUCUUGGGCAGUGUUUUCUGUGAGUGGAGUCCUCGGAGCGCCCCAUCCCCGAUGACCGAGGCGGUGCUGUUGGUGAGGAAGCUCCAGACAGACUUUAUGGAAGAAUCCCAGGAGCGGUGCCAGUAUUCUUGGGAGUCCCGGAAGUUCUUUUGCCAGUUGCCCGUUGCGGAGGGAGACGCAUCUAUCCAUGUAGUGUCUGUGUGCGUGGUCAACAGCGCUGGAAGCAGGAUCAGUAACAGGGAGACGCUGCAGGUCAAUAAGAUCUUGAAGCCCGACCCACCUGCCAACAUCACCGUCACCGCUGUGGCCGGACAUCCUCACUGGCUCAAUGUCACCUGGAAGGACCCCUAUUCCUGGAACUCAGACUUCUACAAGCUCCACUUUGAGCUCCGAUACCGGGCUGAGCGGUCAGAGACGUUCUCAACCUGGAUGAUGCCGAACUCGCAGUACCAAUGCAUCAUCCCGGAUGCCUGGCGUGGCCACAAGCAUGUGGUGCAGCUCCGGGCCCAGGAGGAGUUUGGGACCGGCUCCUGGAGCGAGUGGAGCCCUGAGGCCAGAGGAACCCCCUGGUCAGGUACUUCAGCAGAACCCAGGACUUCCCCCACUGCACCCCGGAUCACACAGGUGCCUAGUACUGAUGAAGAGGGCAGCAAUCACCAUGUUUCUGCAAUGGCAACAAACCUCCCAGUGCAACAUUCUUCCCCAGCACCACUGCCUGCGUUCCUGGUGGCUGGAGGAAGCCUGGCCUUCGGAUCGCUCCUCUGCAUUGGCCUCAUCCUGAGGUUCAAGAGGACGUGGAAGUCACAGUCUCCGCAGGAGUGCAAGCCCAAUGUGCACCCGCCGUAUCCCCUGGGGCAGCCCAGGCCCGCCAUCGUGCUGGUUCCUCUACUCUCCCCUCCAGUGUCCCCCAGCAGCCUCGCGUCUGACAACACCUUGAGCCAGAGCCGACCAGAUGCCAGGGACCCACGAAGUCCUUACGACAUCAGCAACAGAGACUACUUCUUCCCCAGAUAGCUGUCUGAGCGGCACCCGGCAGCUGGUGUCAGACACGGGGACGGCUGGCACAGCGGAAGACGCAUCUAGCUGCCAUCCCACGCAUCUCAGGGGCGGGGCCUGUGGCUUCCCUGUUGUUUUGACACUGGGGAAGGUCAGUGUGCUGCAUCUGUCCAGAAGGAAGGGGUGGCUGAAUUCUCAAAUCUCCCUUCCCAAAUGCUCUGCUUACAAGGGGCUAAAAGGAACUCAGGCCAACACAGAGAGCCGAGGAGAGACACUGUGGGGUGAGGAGCUGCUGGUCACCCGCACCUGAUUGGGAUCCCCAAGUGCACCCUGGGGCAGACGAGAUGGGUUUCCAGCCAAGCUGCCCCCCUUGCGAGCUCCUGGCCACUGUACUGCGGGCUGCUUCUAGCUCAAGCUCUGAAAAUCCAGGGGCCUUUGCCAUUUUUUUCUAGGCCUGUGAGGGCUUCACGUAAACCAUGGGGGUUGGAGGAGGAAAUUCUUUCUUGCCUUUCUUCCCACACUUGAACAAGAGCCUGGGGUGGGAAGGCAGGUUGUGGUGAAUAAUAUCUCAGGGCCUGAUGGUUUAAGUGGAAUUUAAUUAGUUCCUCAUGAACUCUGCUUAAUGUGAAUGAUACAUGAUGGUAGGCAUUUGCUGACUUCUAGGGCGCCGCACUGGCUUGAUCACCCUUUGGGGUCUCGGGGCUUCAAGGGGAGAGAAGCAGAGAGGGAGUUGUGGGCUGGACACAGGGUCCCAGUCGUAGCCGCGGGGACCGAAGCUCUGAAACCUAUGUUCUCUGUCCUUGGUCUCCGAGGAGGGCCGGGGCUGAGAGCAGAACGUUCCGCUGAGCUUGGUCAGCUCUGGGUUCCACUGGGACUGAGUAACUAGAAAAGAGCUUGUUCAUGUGAAAGAAAGGGGAAGAAAAAAGAGCCUGGCAAGAAUGUACAUUUUUUUUCUAAGAAUGUACUUUAAUUUUUUUUUUUAAAUGCUAUUUUCUCUUGAGAUGUGGGAAGACCCAGUAUUCUCUGGGUGUCAGUAUAUAAAUAGCUUGGGGUUGUGGGGGGGAGCACAAUAACUUUGUUUAGCAUAAAACCAAGUCAAAUGAAAAGGGAGGAGGAGGAAAAAUA